AUGACGUCGCACCCGCGACGCCCGCGUUUGACGUCAUUAAGAGAGCGCCGCCGCAGCGAUGGCGGCGCCCGUUGCCGUACAGCGGCAGGGAAAUGGCGGCUCCCGCUGCCGUUGCGUGACGUCAUCAGGAGGCGCCGCGCGACGAUGCUGGAGGCGCUGGGCCCGGGGGGGCUCCUGCUCGUGAGGGACACCGCCGAGUCCGAGGGUCGGAGCCUCCUGCGGGCGCUCGUCAGCGAGGCCGUGGCCAGGGCUGAACAGGUGCUCGUGGUGCUCCUGGAGGUGACGAAGGAGGAAUUCCAGGUGGGGCUGAGCCCCUCCGUGAAGGAGAGGCUGCUGUUCCGGGACCUCUCCGGGGACCCCCUGGGGUGGCUGGGCCGGGGGGGGCUCCCCUCCCCCCCCUCGGUUUUUGGGGGGCUCCUGGGGGGUCUCCCCUCCCCCAGCCCGGUUCUGGUUCUGGACUCGCUGAGCUGGGCCCUGCUCCGGGAGCCCCUCCCCCACCCGGGGCUGGGGGCGCUGCUGGGGGAGGGGCACGAGCCCCCUCCCCGAAUUUUGGCGCUGCUGCACCAGGACCUGCACCCCCCUCCCCUUUUGGGGGCUCUGGGGGGUCUCGCCCGGCUCCAGCUGAUCCUGGGGGGGCCCCCCGAGACCCCCGGAGCCCCCCGGAGCCUGAGGCUGCUCAGGGACCCCCAAAAAGGGGGGGGGGGGCUUAUGAAUUUUGGGUGA